AUGGCCGACCCCGAACGUCGGCGUAGAAGGCCGCCCGUGAGACGAAAACUCCGAUGUAGCAGAGAGAGCCCAUGUAGUAAUUGUGUAAAAUCCAGGAGUGGGAGUUGUGUCUACGAGAAUUUCAUUUCCCAUCCUCAACAGAGAGCUGAGCUCGGGUUGGGUGUACGUCACCGAGAGUCUCAGUACUUAGCGCCUAUCAAUAGCGUUUCUAGCACAGCUACAGCGACAACAGUCGCUAACAAUACGUCCCAAUCAUCGCCCAAGGCAGCCAGUUCGACCACAGGCUCAACUUCUGCCAGCCACUCAUCUCAAGAAGUAGAGUCACUGAGAAGUCGAAUUAAGCAACUUGAAGAACAACUAUCCAAAAUAAAUCUGGCACCUUCUCAGCCUCCCGUCCCACUCUCGGACUCAAAUAUAGAGAUCAUCGAUUCACGUAUCAGUGGAACUUUUUACAUCCAUCAUGAAGACGACUUUACUGGUCAACCUCGGGCUAUAUCACGCAGUGUUACUCACAAGACCCGCGUAUUUGGCCAGAGUCAUUGGAUCACAGGCUUUUCACUUGUGCGAGAUAUAAUAGGUAUAUUCGAACCCUAUGUACGGGACGAGUCAUCUAAGAUCUCUGUCCUUAUGCAGAAAUCUAAGUGCUUGGCAAGGUCUAUCAAAGACCGGCGGUCUGCACAGUGGCCUUCACCACCAGUAGCAGACCUACCGUCAAAGGAUGUCGCCGACGAGCUUGUUAACCAUUACUUUCGCACAGUUGAACCUGUUUACCGAAUUCUGCAUAUCCCUACUUUCAAGAGAGACUAUGAGGCACACUGGGUAUCAACAAGCAGCGAACCCAACAUACCAUUCCUAGUUCAACUGAAGUUGGUACUAGCUAUCGGAGCUACUACGUACGAUGAAUUAUUUUCUCUAAAGGCUUCAGCCAUAGGAUGGGUCUUCGAGGCACAGACUUGGAUUUCCGAACCGGGAUUCAAACACAGGUUAAAUCUUCAGUAUAUUCAAACCAACAUCCUCUUAUUAAUAGCCCGAGAAUUUGUUGAUGUCGGUCCGGACUUAGUGUGGAUCUCAGCCGGCACAUUACUUAGGACGGCAAUCUACAUGGGUUUACAUAAGGAUCCUAAGCGGCUGCCGAAGAUGUCAAUUUUUGCAGCCGAGAUGCGCAGAAGGUUAUGGAACACGAUUCUUGAAUUAUCUACGCAGUUGAGUUUGACUUCAGGGGGUCCGCCAUUUAUUUCUCUCGACAGUUUUGAUACCGAACCUCCCGGCAAUUUUGAUGAUGAGCAAAUCACAGCCGACAACCCCGUUCCAAAGCCGGAAACCUCAUUCACCCAAAUGUCUACAGCGAUAGCUCUCCGAACGAUGUUUGCGACUCGUCUCUCAAUUACAAAGUUCUUGAAUGAUCAUAAUUCUCGCGGUACGUAUGGGGAGACCCUUCGGCUUGACGCAGAACUGAGGACAGCAUAUAAGUCUGUGCUUCGACUUCUCCGAGGAUACAAGUCCGGUCCUGGGCUACGGCCGUCAGAAUUCGAGGUGGAUAUGGUGAGCCUCCUGAUGAAUCGCUAUAUCUUAUCUCUCCACAAUCCAUAUUUCAAUCCUGCAACGCAAGAGGCGGCGUAUGCAUUUUCCAGGAAAGUAAUUAUCGAGAGUUCACUCAAAGUUUGGCGUACAAUGUAUCCAUCAUCAACCACCAUGUCAUUCCAAACAUCUAAAGAAACGGAAAUGCCCCCUUCAAAACAACGCGACCUACCGCGGCUUGCGAUCUGCGCUUCGGGAUUUUUUCGCAUCAUCACACUGCAGGCUAGCGUCCUAAUAGCGAUGGAACUUAUGACUCAAUUGCAAGAGGAAGAUAUACUGGGACCUGGUCUUAUUCGUCAAGAUUUAUUAACCAUAAUGGAAGAAGCGAAGACCUGGUCGUGGAUGACUAUCGAAGCUGGAGAGACCAGUAUCAAGGGCUAUUUCCUCGCAUCAUUAUUAGCUGCACAUGUCGAGGGCCGCUUACAAGGUCUUGAAAAGGACGAUCUCCGCAAGUUUCUCGUCAAAGUCAUAGAGGAAGCUGAAGAAAAAUGCAUACCGAAGCUUGAGGAAAUGUUGGCUCGGUAUCAGACCAAGAAUGCCGUUGAGGAACUUGAGCAAUCCCACUCAACUUCGGAACCUCAGCCCUUGGGAGACUGGGACUUCUCAAUGUCAGAUGCUCUCUUCGACUUCAGUAACCCGGAGCCAAUCAAUUGGGUAUUCGACGAAGCUUCGCAGGACCCGCUUCUUUGGAGUUGA